UCUACAAUACGUCGUACAAGAGCAAAGCCUAUUUUCGGAUUGCCGUUGUGAUAUUCAUAAUAAGUCUAUGAAAAGAGAGUAAACUCUCGGCAGCAUGUCUCGUAGACGUUUUCCAAGUUCUCAUUCUGAAUCCAUACACCACCCUCUUUCGAGCAAGCUUUAUGAUAGUGUCAGCCAGUGCCAGAGUGCAAACACAGCAAUAAUUUCAACACUACUUGCUGGACUGUCCCGUGCCCAGCCUUGGACAUGGAUAUUCUGAUUUUAGGGGGCGGCUUCGCCGGAUUCACUACAGCGCUUUCAUUGACGAAAUUUGCGCCACCGGAUCAGAUACCUAACAUUACACUCUUCGAAAUAAGUCCAGAGCCAAGGACGAGAGGAGGUGCUGUUAAUCUCACGCCAAAUGCUCUUCGUCUGCUAGACCAUCUUGGAGCGCUCACCGUCAUUAAGGAGAACAGAUGGGGGGAAACGAUUAAUGCCAUGGAAGUGUUCAACAUUUACACAGGCAAGAUUGCUGAAUCAAGUUUUAGAGGACCCAAUGGAAAAGGCAUUGGGAAUCCCCCAUACAAGGCUCUGCGGAUUACCCGAGGCCAUACGCUCCUAGGAAUAAUGGAAGCGGCUGAAAAGCACCCUAACAUCAAAGUUGUAUUUGGCAAAAAAACUACCAAGAUUGAUGAAACAGACGAAGCUGUGACUUUGACCUUUUCUGACGGCUCUACUGCAAAAGGCGACAUACUACUUGGAUGCGACGGCAUUCAUUCCGUAACGAGGCUAAAACAUGUCGAGCCUGAGCGGAAAGCGGUCUAUUCCGGUAUAACAAAUGCGUUUGGCUACGCGAAAAGGCCAGAAGGUUUGGAGGUUCACUUUGAAUGCGCGUCGCUGAACUUUUGUCAGCGAGGCAUGAUCUUGUGCAGCUUUUUCGAGCCAACGCACAGCAAAGUUUACAUCGGUGGACUGAUGGAGAUGGAGGAAAUCGCGGAUCGGGAUGGCUGGACUGCUUACGCCAGCGAGCAGAAGCAACUCAAAGCAGAUUUUGCAGAUCGCUUCAAGGGAACAGUGCUUCCAGCCAUCGACCCACUGCUAGAAGCCGCGGACGACUUUUAUCUGUGGCCGGUGUUCACCCUUAGCAAGGAGGGUAAAUGGGCAACUAAUAGAACCAUGCUUCUGGGAGAUGCCGCUCAUGCAAUGCCUCCGCAAGGCGAGUCCACCGGUAUUGUUUUCGAAGAUACUGUUCUCUUCGCUCGAUGCUUGUUCCGCUGGGUCGAGUUGGGCAAGAAAGGCACCGUCAAGGAUGCAUUCAACCAGUAUGAGAAGCUACGCCGGCACCGAAUAGCGGUCGCGUAUGACGAAUCUAGCAAGGUCGUUGCCACCGUAAAGGACUCCGGUUGGCUUGGCCACAAGAUCAAGAUGGCGAUUGUGCCGUGGUUUUUAUGGUGGACAAGCGGUUAUCGACACAAACACUUUGUAGAAGACGUCACGACUAGCGAUCUCGGCUUUUAGAAAGAUCGAAUUUGCCUGCAGUUGGAGUUUUCAAAAUGAUACUGAUUGGUAUUAUUAGAGGUCUCAGGCACUUUGCAAUAUAGCCUUGUGACGGUGCCUAUGUUACAAGAUAGCUGGAAUAACAAC